AUGGAAUCGCAGAGAACUUACGCAAAUGGAAUUCCAGGUAAAGAGAAAAAGAUCGAGAAUGAGCACAAAAUACCGUCUGAAGAGGAGAAGACUACGUCACCAUUGCUUAACAGUAUCAACGACGUUAAGUAUAUAGAUUCCGUCAACGAUGAACAUAAUCUCGCAACCGAUUUAAAAAUAUCCAAAAAUGAUUUAAAUAUAGUAAACUCCAUCAAGACGGAUGUGAAUGGUGAAAAGGAUGCAAAUCAUCUUGCUGUAGCUUAUCACAAGGAUGAAAAUGGCGACGAUGAUGCAAAAUCGACAAAUGAAGGUGUUAAAUUUUUGGGACUUGGAGAUGCUGAUAGUAUUUGUUCAAGUAAGCCAUCUGCCGAACAACCACCAGAGAUUCCGGAUGGUGGAUGGGGCUGGGUAGUAGUAGCAUCUUCAUUUCUUAUUGCAACAGUUGCAGAUGGCCUAGCAUUCUCUUAUGGCUUGAUACAUAAUGAGUUUGUUGAUUAUUUUGAGAAGAGCGAAGCGAAAACUUCCCUCAUUGGAAGUUUGUUUAUUUCUGUUCCAUUGAUAGCAGGCCCAAUAAUGAGUGCACUCGUUGAUCGAUAUGGAUGCCGUAAUAUGACAAUUUUAGGAGGAAUAUCUUCCACAAUAGGCUUUGUAGCUGCUUCUUUCUGUAACUCGGUGGAAACGUUAUAUAUCACAUAUGGUAUUAUUGCUGGAUUAGGUAUGGGCUUAUUGUAUGUUACCGCGGUGGUAUCAAUUGCAUACUGGUUUGAGAAACGUCGAAAUUUGGCAGUUGGUUUAGGAUCUUGUGGAGUUGGUUUCGGUACUUUCAUUUAUUCUCCGUUGACUACGUACUUACUAGAGGAGUACGCUUGGAGGGGAGCUCUGUUACUCCUUGCUGGCACAGUACUUAACGUGUGUGUAUGUGGUGCUGUUAUGAGAGACCCGGAAUGGCUAACUUUAGAACAGAAAAAACAAAGAAAAUUAAGUAAAUCCAAAAGAUCAUCUAGCUAUAUGUCUGUGUCAGCAAAAUCAGGCGGAGGAGAGUCUGUAUAUCCUGGUGUAGAAGAAUUAAGAUCAUUACUGAAAAGUGGGGAAACACCAGAAUAUAUACUAACAGCCUUAGUAGCGUCUAUUGCUGAAUCAGAAAAUCUGGAAGCUGCGACGAAAAUGAAUGCGGAUCUUUCUCAACAGCAUAAAGUGAGCUCUGUAAUUAACUUACCAACAUUUUUAAGGCAGAGUGAAAAGGUACCAGCAGAAGUUCUAGAUCAAUUAAUAUCAAACAAACGCCUUUACAAUAUAAUCUUGACAAACUAUCCAUCACUUCUUGCUUUACGAAGUAACUCUGAACAGAAACUUGCAAUUGAACCUUUGCCGGAAGUAUCAAAAACAAAGCCAAUAACGAUGUCGAUGAAGCUAAAGCUGAACAAAAAGGAAAAAAAGGCGUUCGAGAACAAACUGGACCAUGUUAGGGAGCAACUUCUUCAACCCAUUCCUGAGAAUAAGCCAGCCGUGAUAGCGCCGAGAACGGAACGUCAGGAUUGGUUUACCAGACAGUUUCAAACUGAUCGUCAUUAUCUUCGCGAUAUUAGAGUACAUCGUAACUCUAUAAUGCAUCGUGGUGCUAUGAUGAAUAUUGCUAAAUAUAAAUUACGAGCUUCAUCUUGUCCGGAUAUAUACCGAAAUUCUAUGUGGUCGUUGGAAGAACAGGAAGAAAAGAGUUGGGGCAAACGUCUUUUGACUUUGAUUAACAAAACGUUUGACUUCAACAUGUUCACCGAGUUUCAUUUCCUGAUGAUGAAUUUGUCCACCUUAGUGCUCUUCAUCUGGUUUAUUGUGCCGUAUUUUUACAUUUCAAAUUUUAUGACUAUGAAUGGAUAUUCCGAAACGCAAGGCUCCAUGAUGCUGAGUAUAUUCGGUGUUGCCACUAUUAUUGGUAUUGUUGGUCUCGGUUGGAUUGGUGAUUUGCCAUGGGUUAACGUAACAAAAACGUAUGCGAUAUGUCUGAUCAUUUGUGGUGUUACGAUCUUCCUCUUCCCAAUAUUGACUAGAGUAACUGAUGCUAACCAAACGUAUAGCUUUUACAUACUAGCAUUGAACGCAGUCAUAUUUGGACUGACAUUUUCGAGUUCCUACUCCUACACUCCAAGUAUUCUUGUGGAACUGAUUGCUUUAGAACGAUUUACUAUGGCUUAUGGGCUAGUACUGCUAUGUCAGGGACUUGGACAUCUUAUUGGCCCGCCUAUGGCUGGUGCUCUCAAAGACAGUACCGGAUAUUGGGACGCAGCGUUUUACGUUGCCGGUAUAUGGGUCGUUGUCUCUGGUUUGUUAGUGGGAGUGAUACCAUACACAAAGAACUUCCGCAUAUGUGGUAACGCACCGCUAGCUAAAGACGCUGCGGGUGAACCCGACCCUGGAGUUAAAAUUAUUAUCGCCCACUAA